GCUAACGAACGGUUGAGCGUAGCGUCGAGUAGACCGCAUCCCAAGUAUAACGUACGUAUUCACGAGGACCUCCUCUAUACAUCGUCGUGGAAAAAGCAGCGUGUAUGAAGCCGCUUGUGCUACCAGGAGUACUAGUAGUGAUCGUGUAGUGCGCCGGCUGGACAAGAGAAACGUGGUGUGACAGUGAGAACACAGUAGCGCGUGCGGUGCGUGUCGCGCGAUACACGACGGUCACGAACAGGAUCCCGUACGAAUGUGAGGGUGCGUGUGCGUACAUGUGUGUGUGCGUGUAGAGAGGUAUACUUUGUCGGUGGUGUGAGAGCAAGCGAGCGAGUGCGUGCGCGCGCGCACAGCGUUCGCGUGCGUAUGUGUGCAUGUCCUGUAUGAGGGAGACAGAGGAGCGUAUGUGUGGUGUAUGAGUGCGUGUCGUGUAAUUUCUUCGUGCAUCCUCUUCUUUUCCUUGGUUGGUGGUACCGUUUGUGGUAAACGAGGCCGAAGUGACAGACAGACCGUCCGCGUGUACGAUAUGUCGGAACACCACCGCGUUGCCGGUGGCUGGGGCACAGCGAGCCCAGGAAGCCGCGAGGAUGCCUCCGGUGGUACCGCCUGGUGGCCUUCGGGUUUAAACGCCGUAUCUGCCGAACAACAACAGCAACAACAGCAGCAACAGCAACAACAGCAGAAUUUACAUCAACACCUGAUGAAUCAACAGCAGCAGCAGUUAACGCAACAACAGCAAGCACAGCAACAGCAUCAUCAGGAUAUCGUUAGGAGUACCGCUGCCGCUACCCAGCAGCUUUUCUCCUACAAGAUGGCCUCCAGCUUUCAGAAUCCAGCCACCACGGGCACACAGUCGAAUCCCGUCUCGACGUCUACGCCGGUUGGCUCCUGCAUGAGGGGAGGCUAUGAUUAUAGAUUAGGAACGGGGCCCGGAACAGGCGGAGGUGUACCUGGUACACCUUCCGCACCACCGCCUGGCGUACAGUGGUGGUACCCAGGUGGAGUUAUGGACGCCGGCCAGAACAACCUGCAUCAGCAAUUGCAGGGCCAACAACAGCAGCACCUCUCGCCCAUUACCACACAAACGUCCACGCCCCCCGUUAUGUCCCCGCACCAGAUACAGCAGUUACCGCAGCAGAAUAAUCUCCAGCAAAAUAACGCUCAGAGUUUACAACAACGAGACAAUAUGCCGAGAGGAAAGGAUUCGAAGCCAAGAGGACGGAUGACCGCAUACGCGUUCUUCGUGCAAACAUGUCGUCAAGAACAUAAAAAGAAACACCCCGAGGAAAAGAUUGUCUUUCGAGAAUUCUCUAAAAAGUGUGCAAUGAGGUGGAAGACAAUGUCAGAUAAAGAAAAGAAGCGUUUUCACGAAAUGGCUGAAAAAGAUAAAAAGAGAUACGAUGCAGAGAUGCAAAAUUAUACACCACCGAAAGGAGAAAGUAAAGGCAGGGGCAAAAAACGCAAACACAUCAAAGACCAUAAUGCUCCUAAAAGAUCGCUAUCUGCCUUUUUCUGGUUCUGCAAUGAUGAACGUGGAAAGGUGAAAAUGCUAAAUCCUGAGUUUGGUGUAGGUGAUAUUGCUAAGGAACUUGGUAAAAAGUGGUCAGAUGCAGAUCCUGAAACCAAAUCGAAAUAUGAGGCUAUGGCGGAAAAGGAUAAGGCUCGAUAUGAAAGAGAAAUGACUGCGUACAAAAAGAAAAUGAAAGAUGGUGCACCUGUAGUAGGAGUUCCAGCAAAUACUGUAAAAAGUGACAGUGAAGAAGAGUAUAAAGAAGAUGAUGAAUAGCGGAUGCACGACAAAAUUUCAUCUAUCACCCCGUGUCCUUGAUCCUGAAAGCAUACCUCACCUACUGUACGUACCAUUGAUCUUAGCGUGAGCGUACUUACACCACUAGGAAAACAAAUAACUAAUCACCAGUCCCUGAUUAUUUACAAUAAUAAUUAAAUACCCGCGAUUAUAUUAAUUAUUUUAAAAUUGUAUGUAUGAGAGGUGCGAAAGAAGAUCGUAUGAAUGACAUUUGUAUUUUAACAUAUUGAUAGUAACAUGUAAAAUGGCGUAGGAUAGCAGAAUGAAAAGAUAUGGUGACCCUACUUUCUAUCAGGUGGAAGGCGCAGGGGCUCAAUCAUUGUUGACAUUAUAUUCAAACUAUGUUGAAAGCUGUUGCAGCUAUAUAAAACUGGAUACGGCGGCUCCAUAGUUGGGCGGUAUCAUUCGAAAUAAUUUGGUAUUUAUCAGUUCAGUUCAUUCGCUGCCAGUGUAAGAAGACUUAUUGUAUAUCCUUGUACAGAAUAUUUCUUUAAAUCAAAUCUGUCGCAGGUGGGGUAUGGGGCUGCUUUGUAUGAAUGUAAUUGAUUUAAGUACGUGUCGUAUAGUUGUAAGUAUUAGGAUAAGUAUAUAUUUUAAUGCAACUUCGAUUCUACAUCUGCGUCAACAUGUGAUAGUUUCCACAGACGAUGUAUUCUAAACCACGAGAUUGAGCCUUAUAGCUUAUAAGUGAUCAAAAUCGAAACAAGAUAUUUAAUUCACAACUUCGUGAAAUCAAAAUUGGGCCGGUAACCCAGCCAUGGAGCAGUAGUAUUGUAAAAAAUACUAUACGUAAAACAUAUAAAACACAAUUAAUUCUUAUUCGUAAAAACAAGGCGAUUCGAUUUAUUUUACAUAACUGAUAAAAAUUCGUUUUUAUGUUAUCUUAGUAAUAAUUAUAAUUUCAAAUCUUUUAUAAUCGUAUAAAGUAAUGAAUUUUUGUUCUCAUUGAAAUUAAUGACAGUCGUUGAAGACAAACUAAAGUAGAAUUAUUCUUUGAGUUUUAGCAAAUUGAAGUAGUCCCUGCCCUUACCAUCGUCAUUCUCCCUCUCAUAUUCAUUUUCCAAUAAAACGAAUACGUUAAAAUCCUUUCAGAAUCAUGUGAUUCCGUUCAUUGUUUAAGAAAGUAAGAUAAGGCGUGUCUUGUAUUGCCUCGAGUCAUCUGGUGUACAGCAGGCUGUAUUAUAAUAAAUUAUUGUGGUUUCUUGUAAUAUUAACAUUCCUAGAUCCUAGUGUGUACAGAAUUUAAUCAUUGAGAUUAGAGUCAACUGUGUAAGAAGCAUACCAAAAAAAGCAGGCUAAGUAAUGCAAAUAUGAAUUUCGUGGCCAAGAUUGGUAUGCAAAAUGAAUAUACAAGAGGCUUCUUUACAGUCAGACUGACUUGCACCUUGAUUUGGCUCAGCAGGUAACCACUACUUUUUGACGUAAAAGCUUUUCAUCUCCCGUGCACAUUAUCAUGUAAUGUGUGAUUAUAUAAGCAAAACCUGUUCUAGAGGGAGCUAGAGGAUGAAUACUGUAAAAUAUGAAAUUGUAAUAUUUUAAUACUGAUUUGCAGAUGUGCAUAAUUUUAACAUAGCUGGUUAAAAUGAAUUGUACUGAUACAAAGGUAUCCAUUUGAUGGAGAUAAUUAAUAAAAACAGAUAUUGAAAAUUACGGCAGAAUUUUCUGUGUUAUUAUAGGGGAAUUAUAACAGUUACAAAAGAAUGUUUGUUUUGUAUAUCUCUUAGGAUAAAUAAACUUUUAAAAAAAUA